GGAUCUAUGGAUUAAAUGUGAGAGUGUAAGAGCCUCCCUCUUCUUGUUGGGUUUAUUAAGAGGGCCACAUGUCCUUUCUUCUCUCAAGGUGCACCAGAGCAGCAAACAUGCAGCAUCUGUAGAGAAAGACUUCUAUUUGAUAUGAUAUUGUUGGGUUACGAUAUUGAUAUUUUUUUUAAAUGUAAAAAUUAUUUUUAAGUGUGGCUAUAUUGGACUGCUUUGAGCUUAGGUUGUAGAUGGACAACUAAAACUCUUUAAAACUCUUCCGAGCACUCACCUUAUCGACACUGAGCAAGAUGGAGCACCUUGCCCGACAUGAUGGAAACUUCUCAUCAUCUCACAGCUCAGUACACACAGAGCUCCUGUCUCAGACUGGCUACACAAUACUGGCCGUUGUCAUGGGUGUGUUCUCUGUGACGGGGAUCGUCCUCAAUGUCCUGGUGAUUGUGGUGACAGUGAGACACAGAAAGCUGAGGCAGCCACUCAGCUAUGCCCUGGUAAACCUGGCUAUCUGUGACCUUGGCUCUGCUGUUUUUGGAGGUCUGCCCACCACAGUAUCCAGUGCCAUGGGAUCCUUCAGCCUGGGUCGUGUGGGCUGCGUGUUAGAGGGCUUUGCUGUUGCCUUUUUUGGUAUAACGAGUCUGUGUACAAUAGCAGUGAUUUCUGUUGAGCGCUACAUAGUGGUGUGCUAUCCUUUGGGUGCUGUCCUGUUCCAGACCAGACACGCUGUCGCUGGAGUGGUGCUGGCCUGGUUGUGGUCGUUUGUGUGGAACACUCCUCCUCUGUUUGGUUGGGGAAGUUAUGAGCUGGAGGGUGUCAAGACCUCCUGCGCUCCUAACUGGAACAGCCGGGAUGUCGGGAACAUGUCCUACAUUAUCAUAUAUUUUUCCCUUUGCUUUGCUGUGCCCUUCUGCAUCAUCAUGGUGUCUUACUCACAACUCCUGUGGACGCUCUGCCAGGUGACCAAGCUGCAGGUGACUGAGGCAAGGUGCACAAACCGUGUGGAGAUGCAGGUGGCACGUAUGAUAGUAGUGAUGGUGCUGGCUUUCCUUGUGACCUGGCUGCCAUAUGCUGCCAUGGCCCUCGCUGUCAUCAUAGACUCCAGCCUAUAUAUCGACCCCCUCAUUGCUACCAUACCUGUUUACCUGGCUAAAAGCAGCACUGUCUACAACCCUAUCAUAUACAUUUUCAUGAACAGACAGUUUCGAGGAUACACUAUUUCCACUGUUCUGUGCGGAUGGAACCCGUUGGCUUCAGAUCCACAGCCGUCUGAGGACGAGAGCACGGUUGCUUCUAUCAACAAGAGCCAAAGAAUCUCACCUAAACAAUCUUUGAAAGAAUAAAAAUGCACAAGAUACAUACUUUAUAUUUUCUUACUUGAAGAAAAUAUAUGUAAAACAAUAUAUGUAGACACACUUAUGCUGAUUAGACAGCAGGAAUGAUGGAGGCUGUACACUUUCUGUGUAGCUCCAUUAUUCAAAAACAUUAAAGCAACUGUGAAAAGAAAGAAGUUAACAUUAUCAUACGAGACUCCCAAUGUGUUCAAACGUGUCUGUGUGUUCCUGCUGGGCUGUCACAAUCUUUAUUUUUUUCUCUAACAAUAAAGACAACUCCUCUGUCUUGUUCUCUGUCAUGGAUAUUGUUCAUCAUGUAUAAUUCUUUUUGAUCUCACUGUGAGGAUUGUGGGAGUUUUGUCAACAUUUCUAAAAGAUUAAAGGAACACUUUAUCCCCAAAAUGAUAAUUUGUAUACCAUCAUUCCUGCUUAUCUGCAGUGC